AUGUCCGACGCCGGGGACAGUACGCACAAGCGCUCCAAGUCCAGCGCCCUCUCUCUGCUCCGCCGCAAGGACAAAGACAAGGACAAGGACAAGGACAAGGACAGCCGCACCAACGACGACGAGACGGCCUCGGACGACGGCUCCCACGCUGCCUCCGGCCUCGCAUCCCACCCGACCACGGCCCAGUCGCCCCCCUCCGUCGCCCACUCCGCCUCCGUCAGAGGCCACGGCUCCAGGAUGUCGCUGGGCCGCAUCCCCUCGCAGCAGCAGCACCUGGCCGCCCAGCCCGCGCCGCCCUCGGUCUCCCGCACGAGUCUCUCGGCCGCCGACCGCGGCUCCAGCCUGGAGCAGUCGGUGCGCAAGUUCCGCAUCGUCGAGGCCCUGCGCGCCGGCAACACGGCCGCCAUAUCCAAAGCCAUCCGCGAGACCUCGGAGAACGCCCCCCGCGCGAGCACCUCGUCCUUCAACGCCGCCAGCGCCGGCCCCCUGGAGGACACCACCGUGCUCCAUCUCGCCAUCCAAUGCGCCGAGUUCGAUGUCAUCGAAUACGUGCUCUCCGACGGAGCUGGCUACGUCGAUGUGAAUGCCCGCGACAAGGACGGCAACGUGCCCCUGCACAUUGCUGCGACCCAGGGCCGCGGCCCCGUCGUGCGCCUCCUGCUGGAGCAGAAGGACAUCAACGACGCGAUCGCCAACAACCAGGGGAAGCUGCCCCUCGAUGUGGCCCGGAGUCCCGAUAUCUUCCAACAGCUCCAGCUCUCCAGGACCUUGUUCGUUCAAGACAAGGUGAGGCAGGUUCAGGAACUUGUACAGAAGGGCACAUAUGAGACGCUCGGUCAAGUGCUAGAGGAGCCCCGCGUCAGGACCAUUCUGGACAUCAAUAGCAUUGAGCUGCCAUUCGACCCGGUCACGGUCCAGUCAGGAGGUACACUGUUGCACGAGGCAGCCCGCAGAAAAGAUUCCAAGUUGAUACAAACCCUACUGCUUCAUGGCGCCGAUCCCUUCCAGAGGGACCGCAAGGGCAAGCUUCCUCAGGACGUGACCAAGGACGACGUCACACGGGCCAUGCUCAAGAAGUCUCCGGCGGCAGUGGCUGCGCAGAGAGGCAUCCAGGAGAAGGCCGUGCUCGGUCAUGCUGCGUCUUCAGGCGCCGCAGCUCCUGCUGCGGCUGGAGAUCCCGUUGGAGGCCGGGAUCCUACGAUGAAGGGCUAUCUGAAGAAGUGGACCAACUACCGGAAGGGCUAUCAACUGCGCUGGUUCGUGCUCGAGAACGGUGUGCUCAGCUACUACAAGCACCAGGAUGACGCAGAAAACGCCUGCCGCGGCGCUAUCAGCAUGCGCAUAGCCAGGCUUCACAUGAGCCCCGAUGAGAAGACCAAGUUUGAGAUUAUCGGCAAGUCGUCCGUCAAGUACACACUCAAGGCCAAUCACGAAGUCGAGGCAAAGCGCUGGUUUUGGGCUCUGAACAAUGCCAUUCAGUGGAUGAAGGACCAGGCCAAGGAAGAACAGAAGCAGAAGGCCCAAAACGCCGAGUUCCUCCGUCAAGCUAAGGACCAACUGACGACCGGGAAGCCCGAAGGCUCAAGCAGUGACCUACACAGCGAGGCUGCCAGCGUAACUGAGGGUGGCCGAAGCAGUGUGCAGCUGUCAAGACUCCCAACAACGAAGACUACCGCCUCCAGGGGGCUAUCCCGCGCGAGCACUGUUGGAAGCAACGAUGAAGGCUUCGUCGAUGCUGGAGAUGCCGACACUCGGUCCCGCGCCCACAGCAACGGUGCACCAUUGAAUGCUGGGGAGGACGACGACGACGACGAUGAUGAUUCAGAUAGUGGAGAAAGACCCACGGCCACCAAAGAUGCAUUCAACAUUACCGCACAGUCCGCAAAGCUGCAACUUGAUACCUUGGCGCAGGUCAGCAAUGCCCUCCAAGCUGAGGCUCACAAGAACCCCGGCAUGUCACUCGUCGAUCCAAAGGCGGCCCAAGCCUUGGCUACCUACGAUGCCGCAAUCAAGAGUCUGAAAGGACUCAUGGGAGACCUUCUCAGGAUAUCCAAGGAUCGGGACGCGCACUGGCAGUACCGCCUGGAUCAAGAGAUAGAGAUGCGUCAGAUGUGGGAGGAGAGUAUGGCCAAGGUCGCCAAGGAGCAGGAGGUCCUUGAAGAGCGCGUCGGCAAGGCCGAAUUGAAGCACAAGAUGACCAAGAGGGCGCUUCGGGAGGUCAUGGAGCAAGAAGGGGCCCGUCCCGGCAGCGCGUACAGCACCAGCGCGGCCCCUGCCGAAACGGCUGCCAUUGACGAAGAAGAGAUUGCCGAGGGCCAGAAGUCACCAGCGGCCAGGAGUCUUAAUCGAAGACCCACCGCCUUGUCUCAAGUGGUUGACAUUUCAGAAGACUCCGAAACCGAUGAAGAGGAAUUCUUCGACGCUGUCGAUGCUGGUGAAGUUGACGUUGAGCCCAUGCCACCUGCAGAGGCCUCGCAACCGGAGUCCAAGCAAGAGGUCAUUGUUUCCGGAGGCCUUGAUGUCACGUCUUCGUUCAAGGGUUAUGAAAAUGGUAUCCGAACACGGCUCAAGCUUGAUAACGACAACCGUCCAAAAAUCUCUUUAUGGGGUAUUCUCAAGUCUAUGAUUGGAAAGGAUAUGACAAAGAUGACUCUGCCAGUAUCUUUUAACGAGCCGACGUCUAUGCUUUUCAGAGCCGGUGAAGAUAUGGAAUACGCAGAUCUCCUGGAUUUGGCGGCCGAGCGCACCGACUCGAUUGAGCGGAUGUUGUACGUUGCAGCCUUCACCGCCAGUGAAUUUGCCUCGACAAUCGGGCGCGUCGCGAAGCCAUUCAAUCCUCUUCUGGGAGAGACUUUUGAAUACGUGCGGCCUGACAAGGGCUACCGGUUCUUCACCGAGCAGGUCAGCCAUCACCCUCCUAUUGGAGCAGUUCACGCCGAGUCCGCCAAGUGGACUUAUUACGGAGAAUCCAAUGUUCGAUCCAAGUUCUACGGCAAGUCUUUCGACAUUGCGCAUCUCGGUACAUGGCACGUGGAGCUGCGGCCGACACACGGAGGCAAGCCCGACUUCUAUUCGUGGAAGAAGCCCAACUCGCAAGUCGUUGGCAUCAUCACGGGAAAUCCUGUUGUCGACAAUUACGGUCUGGUCGAAAUCAAGAACUGGACCACUGGUGAAGUGUGCAUUCUUGACUUCAAGCAGCGUGGCUGGAAGGCCUCGAGCGCCUACGGAAUCGCUGGCAAGAUCUUGGAUGCCGAUGGUCGACCACGCGUCAGCAUAGGUGGACGGUGGAACUCCAAGCUUUACGCCCGAUACACGCCCGGUUUCGAAGCAACCGUCGAUGAGCCCGCCGACGGCGGAUCAUUCCACAAGGGAAGCCUCAGCGACACCACCAAGGCGAUUCUCAUCUGGCAGGCGAAUGACAGGCCCAAGGACAUUCCCUUCAACCUCACUCCAUUUGUACUGUCUUUCAACCAUAUUGAUGACAACUUGCGCAAGUGGAUUGGGCCGACAGACUCCCGACACCGUCCAGACCAGCGUGCUAUGGAGGACGGCGAGUACGACCUCGCAGCUGUUGAGAAGGACCGCCUUGAGAACGAGCAGCGCAGGCGGAGAAAGAGGCGCGAGGAGAAUGGCGAGGAGUACAUGUCUCCUUGGUUCACGAGAGAAAAGAACAAGAUCACCGGCGAGGAGUACUGGAGGUUCAACGGCAAGUACUGGCAACAGCGAGAGAAGUUCGGCGCUGGUGACGAACAAGCUUGGGAGGGCGCGGAGCCCAUCUUUGUUCCCCAGGAAGAGUAA